UUGUCAAACAAAAAUAAAUAUUUUUACGGUCGUCACAUUAUUUAAAUUAAAUUAUUAACUAAGUCCGAAGUUAGCAGUAAGUAAUAAUGUCGGCAACUGAAAAAGAAUAUUUUGGUCCAUUGACGUUGCAUCAGAAAAUUGAAAAUCCUACGAUAUUCAAGAGUGAAGAAUCCAUGGAAUGUCUAUGUGUUUUGUGCGAGGAAAAAUUCUGUCUUCCAGCUUUUGAACAGCAGUUGCUUACCCAUUUGUUCAUGAAACAUCGGCUGGUAAUAGCUGAUAUGAAUCAAAUUGCGGAUAUUGGUGCAUACCUCAAAUAUUGGAAGUUGCGUUUUGCAGAUCAAAAUGUUCCAUAUUUUUGUACAACAAUGCUGCUUGAUAAGAAACCAGAUGGCACAAUAUCUCAUAAUGAAGAGUACUAUUUACUGAGUGAUAUUCUCCCAGAAGACAAGGAGUUGAGAACGAAUUUACAACAAGCGAAACUAGAGAAACUUCUAGAAAGACACCAGUUCGAACGGGAAGACAAGAAUUACACAAGAGAAUGCUUGUUUUGCCGAUUCAAGUCAACAUCUACUAGAGUUGAUUAUUUAAAUCAUUUAUAUGAAAAACAUAAUUUCCAUAUAGCGAAACCAGAUAACCUAAUUUUUAUUGAUGAGCUUAUAGACACUAUUGACAAUAAAUUAAUAAGUUUAAAAUGCAUUUUCUGUGAAGGAAAGUUCAAAGAUCGUUUCAUACUUAAGGAGCACAUGCGUAAAAAAGGCCAUAAAAGAAUCAAUCCUGAUAACAAAGAGUAUGAUAAAUAUUUUCUAGUCAACUAUAUAGGCGAUAAAGAGAAACCGAGAAAUAUAAGGCAAAGAACAAAGCAACAUCGGCCUACGAGGACUGAUUACGAGCAUGACUCAAAUGUGGAUAGUGAUCCAGAAUGGUCAGAAUGGACUGAAGAGAAUGGACCUUUAAUAACUUGCCUAUUGUGUGAACACACAGAAAUGGAAUAUGAUAAUAUUUUAGAUCACAUGGAACGGCAACACGAAUUUUCAUUUAUAGAUUUAACAAAAGGCUACAGCUUCUAUCACAAAAUUAAAAUAGUCAAUUACAUAAGGCGUCAGAUACAUUUAAAGCAGUGUUUGUCGUGUGACUCAAAAUUUGACGAUUCGAAGAACCUCGUAAAGCAUUUGAGAGAGGCACAGCAUUGGGCCCUGGAGAAGGAAAAAUGGGAUCAACCGGAGUAUUAUUUUUCUACGUACGAAGAUGAUCUUUUCCUCUGUUUUAUACAAGAUGAUGAUGAAAGUUGGUGGUCCGGUGAUGAACAGGAAAUUAAUAGGAGGAAUAGUAUGUCUGAUAGUAUUUCUAAGGAAAUGGCCAUGGCUGUGUUGAACGAUUGACGAAUGGAAUAAAGAUUGGACAUUUAUAUGGCAUCUAUAUACAUCUCUUCAUUAAGUGACAUACAUAUAUUUUUGAUGAAGUUGCUGUCUUUUACAGGCAUUUCUCCAACAAGGCUACAUUUUCUUGGCCUUUUUGAAGGGCUGGUGAUGUUCAUCUUUCGUCACAGCAUACCAGCUUUUUAAGAAGGUGAAGCAAUGCGUAAAGUGUAAAACCGGCCUUACUUAAGGCUUUUGAUUUUUGCAGCUAUUUUUAUGGGUACAACUGUAGAAAGGCUUUUUUCUUCAGUCUUCUUCAUGAUGUUUUUGUUGAUGUUAUAUAUUUAAGUAGACUUAUUUCCAAGGCUUUGCUGUGGGGAUUUCCAGAAAGAAUUGCCUUUACUAUUCGAUUAAGUCUAUCUGUAAUUUUAUCAAAAUAUACACAGCACAUUCUUAGUAUAUUUGUUACAACAACUAUAAAAGUCUACCCCCUACUACUUUAAGUCCCGGUUGCAUCCUCCCACUCUGGAGAGGAGCCCAGGGUAUGCCUUUGACCAUGGAUCAUGGAUGUUUUCUUUUACCGUAAGAGCAUCGGUUAGUGUUCAAACUAAUGUACAUAACUUCGAAAAUAGUCAUUGGUACAUGGCCGGGGUGGGAUUAGAGCCUGUGUCUUUUUUGCGCCACACUCAUUUUAACCUAAAUAUACCGAUUCGACCAUUGACCUUCUUUGUUGCCUAGUAUGAAAAUGUUUUCAUAAUAUAAGUAUGGAAGAUUUAUUUGACUGUAAUAAUCCUUGUUUUGUAGGUUUAAAAACUGUAUUCCCUUGAAUUUUAUCUUAUAAACAAAUUUAAAAAUGGACCUUAAAAUUAUACUCAUUUGUUUUAAAUAUGUACAUUUCAAUACGAUAUUGUGUAUAUAGU